CAUAGCCCUCGGUGUGUGUGUUGUUGUUGAAGCGAUGAUGGCGGCAGCGGGAUGCGGAUCAGCAACCGCGGCUGCCGUAGGAGGCCAGGGCGGCACUGUUCCUGCCAGAGGACGUUUUCCCGGUCGGCCGUGGUCGUCUCGCACUCGUUUGCGCUCAGAGAAGCGAUGGCAACUUGGGCGAUCAGGCUUAGAGGCUGAUGAUGUGACAAAUGGAGGCCAAAGGCCCCCAAACCUGGUCCUAUCGUUAAACGAAGACCAGUCCCACUUGCGCUUACUGGGCAUAGAAGCGAGCCAUAAGACUCUUGGCCAGGCUGGAUACAGCUCUAGUGGGAGCGAAGAGGUGAGGUCCCAAACCCACCCAGGAGUGGAUGAUUUCAAAGGCUUUGAACCUGAGAAAAAGGGUUCCAAAACAUCCCGGCAAAACCCUUUAAAAGUUGAGGGCAUCAAAUCUAAAAGUCAAGUGGAGGAAGUACCUGUUUCAGCCACAAUGGAUACAGAGGCUUUCCCUGGUGACAUUUUUGAAGAUGACAAAGACUUGGUCCAAAUACUAAGUCCAUCUUCUCAAACAGAACCUGCUAAAGACUGUAAAAAAGGAUCUAAACGAAAAAACACUAAAGACCACCAGUCCACUAAAAAUGCUGCAUCAGCACCAAGGAUUACUAUAAAAUUAGUGGCCAAAAAGAAAACAAAAAGUGUUAGAGAACUUCACAAACACUCUAUGAAGAAGCCGAAAGAAAAAGAACUUCAGGAUCAACCUGAACCAAAGGACCUUCUGGACGAGCAAAUUUCAAGCGCUCAUGUAAAAUUAAAAGCGGAGCCCCUUGAUGACAAAAAGGACAUGGUGGAUAAGGCCGAAGGGAGCACACAAGUGAGGAGGCGUGGGCGAUCCGCUGCCAAGCCAGCACAAACUGCAAAUAACAUCAGUAAAGUUGUGGCUAGUGAACAACAAACACUAUCCAUAAAUCCAAUUGAAAUUACAAGUGAUUGUAGAGCCACAGACCCAAAAGCAACAACAGUCAAACACCAAGACAAUGUCACAGAGUCCAGUUCAGAAGGUCGUCAGCCUGGUACUCGAAGAAGCACUAGAGUCAAAAACCCACUUACAAAAAAUGUCUCAGACAGUGCAACUGCACCACUUAGCUUGGGCAGUACAGAGGCUGUUUCAGCUGAUACAAAGUUAAAUGAAGAGAUCAAACCAACCACACAGAAUAAUCAUAAACGAAGGCAAAGUAAAAGGCUAAAUAAGGAUUUUCAAAAUCAAGAUAUCCAGGACCCAUUAACUGCAAAAUUGAAUGACACCAUUGUGCAGCCUACUGACUGCCUCCAGUCUUUUCAGGAUGCUGAAAAUAAAGUUCCAAAAUUAAAAUUAAUUCGCAUAAAAAAUCCAAAAUAUGAAACACAGUCCAGUGAAAAGAAUUUAACUCGAAAAAAGAAAAAAAGAAAGAAGUACAUUUGGACUCUGGCCUUAGUGAAAACAGUUCAAACCAAGACAAGUGAAAAUGCAGUCAAAGUAACAGAUAAAAAUGAGGUUAGUGAUGACACUGGUGUAAGCAAGAGUUUGAAACGAAGAAGUAAAAAAUCUACACUGGAUACAUCAAACUCUCAAAAGAGUAAGAAGGACAAAGACCCCAGUGAGAAAGGUUCCCCAAAUAAAAAUGAAGUCACUGAAAGAAAACCCUCUCCUAAGCUGUCGGUGGAAGAGAUUGUAAUUGAAAAUGAAAAUGAAACAUUAAAUCAAGAAACUUCUAAAUCAGAGUGUGGAAAAAUUCCACCUCUACAAAUUAAAAAGGUGUCAUCUCCUGGUAAAAAUAAAAGCUCAAAGCCAUCAUUUCUCAUACAACAAGUUAGUCCGGGGCCUGAAAAGAAAGAAGAUGUUCCUAAAGAUGCAAAUGAAGGCAGUGUAGAUAAGCCAACAUCUGAGGAAGAAAAAGUGGCACCCGCCAGAAGGUUGAGGAGGAGGACAUCAAGUGUAGAAGCUCCACAAACAAUGCCUGUUAACCAAAAGCCGGAGACACCUCCAAAAAGAAGAGCCAGGGCAAAUGCACAGGAAAAAGAGAGCCCUCAAAAAUCAGCUGUAAAUGUAUCUCAGGUUUCAGCGGAGGAUUCAAGCACACAUGUUCUACCCGAAAAGACUUGGCAAGAUUUGACUCCAGAAUCUGUUGAGUUGACCAGUGUAGACAUUUCGGAAAAUGCUCACAAGAAUUCCUCACAAAUCUGUGAUGCUGCAGAACAAGUGCCAGAGAAUGAUUCCCCACCCAUUGUGGAGAAAGAUGUGGAACCACUUUCCAGUGAGGCCAAACCAUUGCUUGUGCCUUCAAAAUCUAAAUCUAAACCUAGACGAUGUAGAAAUACUGUUACAGGGAAAAGGAGGUGUGUGCAAAGGAAGAAGAAGGUUAUAUCUGUUCAGGAAUCCCCACAAAUGUUCACUGAUACUGUAUCGGACAUAGUAGAAAGUGUCAUCUCUGAAGCUCUUCAAAAAGACUGCCAGCCGUUAUUAACAGAUGACACCCCCUUUGAAACAAAGGACUGUACACACACUGAAGUAAUACAGGAAAGUAUAGUAUUAGAAAAAAGGCCACAACAGACACCAAUGUCUGUUAAAGAAGAAAAUGAAAUUCAAUUAAUUGAUAAUUCGCUGUGUGUGGUCUCCAAUCAAGGUAAAAAACUGUUGAGCUCUAAAAAGAAAUCCAUAAAAAAAUUAAAGAAGCGGCGCAAGAAUUUGAUUGGACAGCGACAGAAGCCCAAGCCCCGAAACAGAAAUGGGAAACUUGCACCCGAACCCUCUGGGAGUACAGUUAAUUCAGAAACUACUAAAAUGUCCAAAAAGUUAGCCAUUCGUACAUCUGCCUCAAACAAGAAACUUAUUGGGGUAAAUAAAAAGUAUAAAAAACGGCCACAAAACCUUCACAUUUCACAAUCUAAAAGAUCUAAAGCAGCUAAAAUAAUUUCAAAGCUCAUGGAAAUGGAAGAAGCCAGUUUAAAGCAGGAGGAGAGUGACACAUUAGUUGAUGCUUCACAUGGAGAAGUAACUGAGGCCCAACCUGGAAAAUCCAAAUUUGUUAAAAAUAUUAAACAUUUCAUAAUGCCUGUUGUAAGUGCCAGAUCUUCACGUGUGAUAAAGACCCCACAGAGAUUUAUGGACGAUGCAGGGAUGUCAGUAUUGCCUCGCCGGCACUCUCCAAAGAAAGGAUUACAAUUGGGUUUACAGACGCCCCAGAUGCCUCCAGUGAAAAGAAAGGAGGAUGACAUUGUCAGAGCGAUAUCCCCAAUCCUUCCUCUCGAUGAUGACUUCUUGAGUGAAGCACAGUUGGAUGUUGAUCUGUUUUCAGCACAGGAACUAGAAGAUGCCACCUGCAUAUCUGACAGCCUUUUCUCUGAGAAGAAAAGUAGGAAAAAUGAGAAGACAAGUCUCCUAAAGAAUUCUAGUUUCAAAUGGCACAUGCCAGAUGAGUUUGGUGAGAGUAUCUAUACACUGGACAAAGCACAUGAGAAUAAGUGUGAAGACCUGCUUUUAUUUCCUCCAGUGUCCCCAGAAGCACCUGCGGACCUCCCAGAAGCCCAGAAAAAGAAAUGUUCUCUCAAACCAAGCAAACACACUGAUCACCUCAAGAUUUAUCAAAAGCUUAAAAAGCUUAACACAGGGCAUCCAAAGUCUAAAGAACUGGAUAGUGCAAGCAAACCUCCUCAGGCAGCUGUUGAUUUGGCCGAAGGACUGGAUGAUGAGGUGAUGAGUAUCAGCUUAAGGCAGCGGCAUACAGAUGUGGAGAAGGACAAACCAAAACUCAAGAUAGAAGAUCUCAAUAGUCCGGGGGUUGUGAGAAAAGUCUGUAUAAAAAAUCUGAACUUUAAAACGGUUACAAAAAAAACUGAAAAGGAACCAAUCAAAAGUCACCAAGAGGAGAGAAGGCAGUUUGCACCUCUUGAUGAAGGGGAUCCUGCUGCCACUGAAAAGCAAAAACCACGUCUCUCUGGGGCAAAUAAAAGGAUGUUCAAUCUCCUUAAGAAAGCUAAAGUUCAGCUCAUCAAAAUUGACCAACAAAAACAACUCAAAACAACUACGCUAUUGUCAGCUCCGUCCACCCCCAGAUCUAGAGAUGCAACAGUGAAGAGACAAAGGAGGAGGCAGAAGGUUCAACCUAUCCCUGAGGUUCCAGUCAAGACUGAGCCUCAACAAAUACAGGUGCCCGUCACCUCACCUUUGUGUCAGGAGUUUCGCCAUGCUGGAGGUCCCCGUAUCAAACACGUGUGUCGUGCUGCCUCUGUGGUGCUGGGACAGCCUCGGGCUCUGGUACCUGAUGACAUUCCCAGACUGAGUGCUUUGCCUCUCCAUGAAAGAACUGGUAUUUCCCCUUCCACAGACACUAAAGAUAACGGGUCUCCAUCAGAAUCAGACAGCCCUGGGGCAUCAGAUCAGAAGGUCACAAAAGUGAAGAAAGUGUCCAAUCUGGUCAAACGGAAAGGGCUCGGACCGUUUGGAUAUCGCUCUCGGAGAUGUGGAGUGUGCAAAGGCUGCAACCAUGAAGAAGAUUGUGGGGAAUGUAUUAACUGUCUAGACAAACCCAAGUUUGGUGGUCCCAAUACUAAGCGACAAUGUUGUGUGUAUAAGCGAUGUGAUCAAAUUGAAGAAAGGAAAGCACGUAGAAUUAGUGGAAGAACAGUCCCUAAAGGUGCCUCCAAGCGACGGCGUGCCUCUUUAAGUGCAGGGUGUUCUAGCAAUGAUGAAGGGGGCGAGGGCACUGCAGACUCGCCGUCGGGUCAGGCUGAUGGUAACAGCCCAUCUGUUCGGAAGCAGCCGAAACGUGUUGUGAAGCCCAAAGUUUACUUCGACCUGGUCGACUAUGAGUCUGAUGGAGAUAACAAAGGUGUCUCCAAUGCUGUUUCUCCCGCCAGGAGAAGAGGCACUGGACCUCGUUUCAAUGAAGAUUUUGUUUCAUUAGAUGGAUUCUUGGGAGACAUCUCAGAUGAUGAAGUUAGGCACCGGAAGUCUAGUACACAUCGUGUUCCAAGUGGCAAACGUAAACCUGAAAAGGGUUCUUUAGAGGAGACUCCUCCGAGUGUACUCGCUGCCUUGGCUCAUGGGUUUGAAAAAACUGACAGAGAGUUGACAAAGCCUACUCACAAGAUCAGGGUUGACUUCAAGGAGGACUGUACCUUGGAGAAUGUGUGGAACACUGGUGGCCUGAGUGUCCUUACCUCUGCACCUCUCACACCCCCUUAUGCGUGCUUCCUCUGUGCCAGUAAAGGACAGCACGAGAUGCUGUACUGCCAAGUAUGUUGUGAGCCCUUCCACCAGUUUUGCCUUGACCCUUCAGAACGGCCCUCCAAUGAUAAUAAGGAAAACUGGUGCUGUCGCCGAUGCAAGUUCUGCCAUGUUUGUGGCCGUAAAAACAAACACUCAAAGCCUUUGUUGGAAUGUGAGCGAUGCCAGAACUGUUACCAUGCUUCCUGUUUGGGACCUAACUAUCCAAAAGUAAAUAAAAAGAGGAAAGCUUGGGUUUGCAUGACAUGCAUAAGAUGUAAAAGUUGCGGCGUCACACCUGGAAAGAGCUGGGACACGGAGUGGAACCAUGAUAAAGGCCUCUGUCCCGAAUGUUCCAAACUCUAUGAACAGGGUAACUACUGUCCAAUCUGCUUCAAAUGCUAUGAAGACAAUGACUAUGAUAGUCAGAUGAUGCAGUGUGGCACUUGUAAUCACUGGGUUCAUGCAAAGUGUGAAGAUCUAACAGAUGAACUGUAUGAGAUUCUGUCAAGCCUGCCAGAGAGUGUGGUGUACUCAUGUCGGCCCUGCAGCGUGACUCAGCCCAGCGCCUGGAGGGAGCUGUUGUACAUCGAGCUCCGGUCGGGAAUAGAGAAGGUUCUGGCCUGUCUGCUCUCCUCCACCCUCACACAACACCUCGUCACCUGCUCACAGUGUGAAAAGUUGGUUGACCCUGAUCGUGGCAUUGAAGGACAACCUGCCUGUGAUCUCCGAGCUGUAGGAAAGAAGUUUGACAAAGGCCUUUAUACUACACUGAAAAUGUUUCAUGAAGAUGUAGUCCAAAUGGUGAGGAAAAGACUGCAGCAAGAGGAGAAUCUUCCAGAGGAGCAGAGGCCCACAGCUCUGGCACGCUCUUACUACUUAAAGCUUCUUGAGGAAGUUUUCAAUUGGUUUAAUGGUCAAGACCCAAAGGUGUGGAACCCAUCUACCAAAGACUUGCCAUUGGGAAUGUUGUCCAAUGCUGUUCAUCCGCCUACUACAGAACAUGUCUACGCUCAAUGGCAAGAGAGAGCUCAGUCUAGGGUCCCUCUAGGACGAUUACAGGAAGAUAAUGGACAAAACCUGUGUGUAAAAGAGGAGCCUGCUGCCACAAUAUCAGAGGAUCCAAUUAAUCAUUUCAAAUCCAGCAGGAUGGCAAGGCUGAAAUUAAAAGGAAAAAGGGGUAGACUUUCCAAAGCAGAUUUAGACACUGGAUGGACGGAGGAAGAUGACAGACAGUGCUCUUUGUGUCAGAAAUAUGGAGAUCUUAAGCCAAAUGAGGCAGGGAGGUUGCUGUAUCUGGGGCAGAAUGAGUGGGCCCAUGUUAAUUGCUGUCUGUGGUCAGCGGAGGUUUUUGAAGAAGACUAUGGCUCUCUACUCCAUGUGCACAGCGCUGUCACCAGAGGCCGGCUAAUGCGAUGUGAGCGCUGCAACAAGACCGGUGCUACAGUGGGUUGCUGUUUGACCUCAUGUCAAAGCAACUACCACUUUAUGUGCGCCCGCUCCCGUCAAUGUGUGUUCCAGGAUGACAAGAAGGUCUACUGUUAUAAACACAGGCAUCUCAUCAGUGGCAAAAUGGUAAUUGGCCAGGAGUUUGAAGUGAAGCGCCGGGUGUAUGUGGAUUUUGAGGGCAUCAUGCUGCGCAGAAAGUUUCUUACUGGAGUGGAACCUGAGUUAAUUAAUGUUAUGAUAGGUUCCUUACACAUUGACAAACUUGGUGUACUAACAGAACUAUCUGCCCAAAAGGGGAGGCUGUUUCCUGUUGGAUUUCAAUCGUCACGCUGGUACUGGAGCACUGUGAAUCCACACAGGCGUUGCAAAUACACUUGCACAGUUAAAGAGGUGAGGCCCCUUGUUCCUGAAAAACCUGUUGAGGAGAUGCCUGACCAGGGAGACAAUCAAACAAUCGCCCACAGCCCCUGCCCACUGCAAGAACCCCAAGAUCUUCCAGUUAGUGCAGCAAACCGGCAGUCUAACAUCAGAGAAGCCAGUGCACCUGUUUCCACCCAAAAGGCAGACCAUGCAAUCAGGCCAAAAAUGCCCAGAAGGCCAGCUGGAGGCAUGUCCCGCCCACUGCCAUGUCCAGGUGUAACUCCAUUAAAGCCACAUCACAUUUUAACCAUAAGUGAUCUGGAUGAGACCCGGAAACCACGUCGCCACAGUCCACACUCUCAAACCUCCGGUCUUCAUGGUCACAUCUCUCCCCCUUUGCCUGGACCCAUUACACUGCGUUCUGGGAAGUCUUCUCAGCCGUCAUCUCCUCUUUUCCCCCUCGGUGCCACUGAAACCUCUCCCUCACAUCGUCCUGGAGGCAGCAGAAACGCUUCCUCUGUGCGACACCAUGGUAACGCAGUGCCACAUGGUACCUCGUCCUUUUUCCCCCAGUCAUCAUGGCAAGAUAACGAACCCAGCUUCCCUUCUCCAAGUCUCUCCUUCUCUCCGACAAUACCACACUUACCCAGGAGCAGACUGUCGUUCGACCUGAGCCAACCAGACUCAGCUGAGGUGCCACACAACUUCUUGGCUUCGCCGGAGCCUGAAGAUCUCUCUCCUACUUCAAAAGUAGAUUCAGAGCAAUCGAAAGAUGUAGAGGAUUUCCCCUUCAAUUCAUUUCAUAAGGAUUCAAUCAUAACUUUGAGUCAGGAUAUGAGGACCGAGCUAGAAAUCGAAGAAACACUCCUCAAUGAAGGUGUCGCUAUGAACUGUGGGGGACAGAUAGUGGUGGAGGGCGAUGAUCCCGAAGAGUUUUGGGAAAGAACUCAAGAGGUACAUAAAAGAAAAACCCUGGUUGUUGCCAGUCUUCCUCAUUCAGCAGCUUCAGCAAGGGAUGACUUCGGAAACAGCUCCUCUGAUGAUGACAUGGAGCACUAUUUUGACUUCUCAAGGACAAUUGUAAGUCGUACUGGAUCUAAAGAGCAUUGUAAGCCUCCCUCUUCUUCUUCAAAAACUAUGGCUCAGUUGGACGGAAUAGACGAUGGCACUGAAAGUGAUGCAAGUAUUGCCACUAAUGAGAAUUCUGUGAAUGACGAAGAAUCUGGUAAAAAAGCAACAAAAAUUCAAAAGACUAAAAAUGUUCUUGAAUCCGAGCCUGAAAAGAAAAUUGAUCCCAUUCCCGAUUCUAUAACUACAUCUUCACAAAAAACGGUGGUUUCAUCAUUGUCUCCCAUUGCAAUAAAUACUAAUUGUCCACAGCAAAAUUACCUAAACUCUCAUAAUUCCUCCCAAAACACUUGUUCGUCAAGUAAAGAGCAGAACAAGACUCUGUUAGAAACUAAAGAUACUGUACGUUCUCCUCUACAAAGCGAUUUUCCAAAUGUAACAAGACAAGGGCAUGAGGCGUCAAAUUUGAAAGAGCUAUUCCAGAGUUCAAAUUUUGGACUUACCUCUGAAGCAAGAUUGAUACUUGAAAAAUGCGACAGUGCCCCACAUCAACAAACUGAUGUUCGUAAUCCGAAAGUUUUAGAGACGGAGCAUGCACACCCUGCCUCCUCUGCAGAAUCUGCUCAGGCUGCAGAGAAUCAUUCACCGGCUAAUGCAGAGGAACGGAAAAAAGAAGACUCUUUAAAUGCUCCACCACCUCCAACAUCCCAAAUUCCUGCAACGCACACACCUUUGCAAAUUCUCCCUAAUCCUUUGCCAGUCUAUUCCUGUUUGCCAGCCAUCAACCAAUCCCAACUGACGACAAUUCAGCCUGUACUCUCACCACAGGAGUUAACCAGCACCCAACCAGCAGACUCUGUGUCCACUAAACUGACCACUCUCACUCCAGUUGAUGUAACUCAAUCUUUACUAAAUGUUGUCCCUCAGACCGACCCUGUGUUGUCCUCAUCUACGCCCUUUUUGCCAACAGCAUCUACAGCGACUGUGUCUGUCCCCAUGUACUCUGCUCAAACACAGCCCAUGUGCUCCACUGCUCUCACCAUAGUUUCCUCCUCGGCCACACUGGCUUCAGCUCCUUUGUCACUCCACACCACGACAGCUCCGGUCAUUUUGAACGGCUACAGCACCACAUCUCUGCAAAAAGAGUCUACUGCUGGUCACACCAUCUCCAUUAACUUCUCAGCUCCGCGACCAGCACUGGAACCUCAGCAGACAGUGCUGCCCCAAGCUUUGCCUGGACACGCCAUUCUAACAGUGAAGGAAGUGGGCGGCCCCAACGUAGACCCCACUCCCCAUGUUCUCCUUGUUAAUCGUCUUGGCCAAAUAUUUGUGAAAAACCCAGAGAGCAACACUUUCCAACUUCCAACUCCAAACUCUCCUUCUUUUAACUGUGUCACACAGAUCGCCAGUCUUUUACAAAGUAAUGCUCUGUCUGCUACUUUAGCUGCUGCUGGGGGUGUGUCUGUCCCUCCCCCUGCUGCUAACAUGGCUACAGCCACGGUCCCUACAGUUCAAAACCCAACCACAAUUACUCAGCUGCUUGCUCAUAGUGGCAAUGGUGCUAUGCCAACAGUUAGCACAAAGAAACCAAGAAAGAAUGCAAAAACUCCAAAAGAUGAGGGUAUUCCAGAGUCAAAAAAGCCAAAGAAAAAGAAAGAACAAACUUCAUCCAAAAAAUCCAUGUCUGCCAACCUACCCGAGAACCUUCCCAUGACGCCAGCUGAAAGUGCAGAGGCCAUUAUUAACCAGGCCAUGGCCAGUAACUACACCCCAAAGUGGAGCGGUCUCCGUUCCUUAAGUCCUUCUUCUCUUGUUUUACCCCCUGGUCUGUUAAUUGAACCAGAACCCCCAGCAUCUCCGCCCUCUUCUCCACCUGCACCUACACCUACCCCUGCUCCUGCAACCCGGCCCCGCACCCAUGUGCGUAUGAAGAGGGUGUCAUCCUUGUCAGAUCGUAUCGUCACCAAGAAAUCCAAAGUGGACUUUCUUCCACCAGACCCCCCCAGUGAAAUUGAGGAACGCCGGAAACCAAGCAUCUCCAAUCGCAAUUCAGGUGUCCGAAUCAAAACUCCAACAGUGAAGGGGAUCUUGAAUCUGGAUGAGCUAAAGGAGGAGCGUCUGAGCGAUUCUGAGAGCUCAGGGUCUGAGCUCUGGAAUCACAUGUCCAGAGGUGAACAAGGAAAACAUCUGCCUGGUGAACUAGUCGAACACAGCACUGUGAGCGACUGGAAGAAGUACUCAGGGGCUUCUUCAGGGUCAGAGGACGAAUCUCCACCAUCAGAUGAGGAAGAGGAAUGUCCAAGUAACAAGGAUCAGCCGCAUCUUAAAUUUGAGAUCAAGAGCGAUGAUGGGUUUAGUGUUGAAGCAGACAGUAUUGAGGUGGCUUGGAAGGCUGUCAUUGAUGGGGUGCAGGAAGCGCGAGCCAUUGCACGACUGCGACCUUUGACCUUUCAGAAGAUCACUGGGGACCACAUGUUGGGCUUUGUCCAUGACACAGUGAUGUUUUUGCUCGAGCAACUUCACGGAGCUCACCACUGUCAGAAACACACCUUCCGCUUUUUCAAACAGUUCUCCCAAGAAGAUGACCUGCCAGUCAACCCCACCGGCUGUGCCCGCUCCGAGCUCUAUGCCAGAAAGUCAACGUUUGAUAUGUUUAACUUCCUGGCGUCUCAGCACAGACAACUCCCAGACAUAGAUCUUUAUGAUGAUGAGGAAGAUGAAGUUCUUCUCAAAUCCACGAGACGGGCCACCAGCCUAGAGCUGCCAAUGGCGAUGCGCUUCAGACAUCUGGAAAGAACCUCCAAAGAGGCUGUGGGCGUUUACAGGUCUGCUAUCCACGGCCGAGGCCUUUUCUGCAAGAGGAACAUUGAAGCUGGAGAGAUGGUUAUCGAAUAUGCAGGCAUCGUCAUCCGAUCUGUGCUUACAGACAAAAGAGAAAAGUACUACGAUGGCAAGGGUAUUGGAUGUUACAUGUUCCGCAUUGAUGAUUUUGAUGUUGUGGAUGCCACCAUGCAUGGAAAUGCGGCAAGAUUCAUCAAUCACUCCUGUGAACCGAACUGCUAUUCCAGAGUGAUUAACGUGGAGGGUCGUAAACACAUCGUCAUCUUUGCUUUAAGGAAGAUCUACAGAGGAGAAGAGCUCACUUACGAUUACAAAUUUCCAAUUGAAGAUGCCAGCAACAAACUGAACUGCAACUGCGGGGCACGGAGAUGUCGGCGCUUCCUUAACUGAGCAUUUCAUACAAAGAGAGGGAGGAAUUAUCUCUGCCUUAAAGUAAAAUGGCACUGAACGUGGCUCAGUGAUGUGGCAGGAGGGCCACACAAACAGGGGGUUGCCACUAUCAGAGCAGACCGUAACAUCUGGACCAGGACCAGUCCACCUAAGUACUAUUAGUAGAUUUAGGAACAGCGAAAGAACAUAUGGGCAAUGUUCCUGAAACUAUAAUUAUGGCUGCAACAUUUUUUUCUUUCAAAACACACGUCAAGCCUUACCCAUUUGUAUCAUUGCUAAAUCCUAGUUUUUCUAGGUCUUGAGAUUCCUUUUGGGUUAUUCUCUUAAUUAUUCACUUAUAAUCAUGAUCGCUCCAUCUUCAGUGGUGGGAUUUUUGGGCCCCAUCUGUGCAGUCUUACCAUGAGCCAUAUUUUCACCUUUACUUUUACUUUAGUGUUUUAUCUGCAAAUUAAUGUCUCCUGUGGUGAUUUAUUUUUAGAUUUUUCUAUGGUGCUAAGCUUUGAAAGGCUGUCACUUUAAUUUAUUUAACUAAUAUUUCCGUUUUACCAGGAACUGUUCCUUUAUCUGACACCUACAAUUUAUGCACUCAAGUCUAUUUUUGUCAUGUCUACUCAGUUUGACGUCUGAUAGUGUGGGCAGUUUUGUGCCUACAUUUUCCCUUGAAGCAUAAGAAUACAUUAUGAUGAUGUAACGGUUUCAUUGCAAUUACUAAUUUCACACUUGUAAAGACAGACAAGUGUUUUUCAAACUUUUCUUUGGUUGAUGUACAAUGUAUGUAGCAAAUACAGUACUACCAAGCCAAACAUGAAAAGUUAACAAAAUAGUUUUUAAAUCUAUUUUAUUACUGUUAGGGCAAAAGCUUAUUAUCUAUUGCAAUAAGUCUGCAGUUGCACAUACUCAAGACACAGAUUUUAAGUUUUCUUUUUAUUUUCUUUUAGUGAAAGUGCUACAGUCUCUUAUCAGGGAGCACUGUUAAACGCAUGGCCACUGAGUGUGUGCAUAGAGCUUCUGCGCCGAGCUUGUUUCUAAUUAUUGCUUUUCUGGGGCGUCUCUAGAAACCAGUACUGAAGUUGCGUGGUAUACGGCACCUUAAAGAUGUUGAUGUUGUUCUUAGAUGUUCAGUGCUGUCACCAUGAGGUUAAGCAAAUUCACUGUUUAUAUGGAUAGUUCUAUUUAUUCCUGAUUUAUAUUAACAGUAAAUGUGUGCUUUGUAUAAAAGGUAGUGGUCUGGUAUAUUUGGAGAUCUCCCCAUUUAUAUAAUUUUCUUAUUUGGUUUACAUUUUUUUUUUUUUCUAUUUACUUGAAUUUCCUUUUGGGGCUAAGUCAUUCAUUUAUGCCUUUUAUUAUAUAUAUAUUUUUAUUCCCAAAGCAGGUCAUUUAACUGUUCAGUUUGACUAAAUACUGACAGCCACAAGAGUUAGUGCACUGGCUCACCAAAUUAUUAAACAUUGACAUCAUUUCAAUACAACAAAUAGGAUUUUUUUAUUUAUUUUUUUGUCUUGAACUCUUUUCCUUGCAUGUCCAAUCACUGGGAUGGAGCCCAGAUUUACUUGUUUCAAUCACCUUAAAUCACAACUAUUGAGCAGAGUCACUCCCAACUCCUUGCAAGGAUUCUACCUCAGCUGUUUCGGCAGAUGUUUGGGAAUACUGAUGCAAAACGAGAGGAUGAUCAUAAUUUAAGAGUAGUUUGGUUUUAUUCUCCUACAAAGGUGACACAGUUGUCUUUGUGUGUGUGGGCGUACGUGUACGUGCAUGAGUGUGUGUGUGGGUGAGAGAGAGAGAGAGGGAAGAGCAUUUGAUUGAUGCAGAGUACUAGACUCAAGUGAUCAUGACCAUCUAUCCCUGAAUCUGUUCAGAAAGCUGUAUGUUGUAUAAACAUAUAAAGAUGAAAGUAUAUAUAUGGUAGGGUUAUUUUAAAAUAAGUGUAAAAGGUAUAAACAUGAUAAAAAAUAUGUGAUCUUUAAAUAUGUCUUUGUUACCAUGUAAAAAUAAAACCUGAGUUUGUAAAUAUUUGUAUACAUAUUUCUAAACCUGUUUAAUUUUUCUAUGCACUUUUUUAUUUAUGAUGUUAUUUGCCUAAUAAAGAUGUUAUGAUGUUCCAA